AACAGUUUUCAUGGCUAUGGCAAGUGACACUGUUCAUUUAUGGCUACUAAAGGGUAAAGACGUUCAUUUUGAAGAAAAGAGCAUUGAAGAUGCCACCUUGCUUAUAGAAGAUGCCUGCAAAGAAAUUGGCCGACGAGUUCGCAUUAACUGCGAGAAUCGUUCAUUGUGUGAGUCAGCCGAAUUACAGCUAAAUAAGGAGUCUUUUCAGGGAAUAGUGGACUACAAGGACAGUUCGUUGCGCGUCUUGUUUGAUUCUACAAUUGGCACAAUUGCGAACAUGCUUGAUGGCGAUGAAUUAAUCAUCGUUCUGGAUGGUCCCCUAUGCUUGGUCCCUUAUGCUGCAUGUGUGGACGAGACUUCAAGAUACCUCAGUGAAUCUACUAGCAUCCGCAUUCUUCCCUCGCUUACAAGCUUAAAGCUGAUCACAGAGUGUCCAGAGGACUACCACAGUAAGGUUGGGGCGCUGCUUGUGGGAGAUCCAUGUGUAGAGGAAGUUAAGAGAAGGCGGGGUAAGCGUGUUAGAUUAUCCUGCUUGCCAGGAGCAAGGGAAGAAGUAAAAAUGAUCGGCGAGAUUCUCAACACGGAGCCUCUCACAGGGAGAGAUGCGACUAAAGAUGAGGUGCUUAAACGAAUCGGUUCAGUUACCUUGGUACACAUUGCAGCACAUGGUGAUAUGAAAGCUGGUGAGAUUGCUUUAGCUCCAAAUCCCGCAAGAACAUCCAAGAUCCCUAAAGACAAAGACUACCUGCUUACAAUGUCAGAUGUUAAAGCUGUCCAGUUACGAGCAAGCCUUGUUGUGCUUAGUUGCUUUCACAGUGCUCAAGGCAAAGUUACAGCUGAUGGUGUGGUCGGUAUUGGAAGAGCUUUCAUGGGCGCUGGUGCUCGUUCUGUUCUGGUUUCACUCUGGGCAAUUGAUGACGAGGCCACCAUGGAGUUUAUGAAACAUUACAAACAACUAGAUGGUGGAUGUAAAGCCAGUGUAGCUCUUAACAGGGCUAUGAAAUGUCUUAGGGAGUCGGAAAGGUUUGGUGCCGUGAAGCACUGGCCUCCGUUUGUACUCAUCGGUGAUGACGUCACCAUAGAUUUUGGAAAAGGUCAAUAAGAGCAACAUGAGUGGCAGUUUGGACACUUUUUACGGUAUUAGAUUUCUUCGCAGUUGGUUCUUAUAGUUACUUUACAUUUUUUAGGUAAAGUGUGACGUUUCGAUGUAUUUUCAAGCUAGAUAUUUUCCAUAGCUUUUUACCAGAUUUCAUCAUGUGUGGGGUUUUAAAACAAACAUACGUUUAACGUUAACAGCAGACGUUUGUUCAGUUUUCUUUUAAUUCUCUCUUUUUAUUCAUGUGCGUCAAGCAAUGGAUCAUAAUUUUUCUAAUGUAAAACAUGCUUUUUUUGCUAGAGGGAAAGGAAACAGUUCUGUUUCUCAGUUUGAUAUAUUUUUCAUAGAGCUCUAGGUUUUUAUUGUAUGCAGUAAGUGUUACAAUUUUUGUGUAUGUAGUCAGGAGGGCUUGUAUACAACAGGUAUACACCCUUGUCAUGCCAUUACAAAUCAGAAUGUCGGCUCGCUCACAUGUUUUAAAAUCAUGAAUUUGGAAAGUUUCGCUAUGUAUUUUGUUGUUCUCUCGUCUUGCAAUCAACCUGAAUGAUAGUGACUCAAAAUACCUGUGAUUCUAUUCAGUUUGAGUGCAUUUCCCACAGAACUUGCUGGACAGGUACAAAUGGAGAAAUGAUAAGUUAAUAAAGAUGGUGAAUUUUAAGCUCGGUAAUGAAAUGUGAAGGUGAAUUA